AUGAGCCCGUGGGUGCGGGCCCCGUGGCUACCCUGGGCGCUGCUCCUCGCCAACCUCCCAGGCUGUGUGUCCGUGAGGGGCCCCGACUCCGUGCAUGGCACCGUCGGGGGGUCCCUGAGCGUGCAUUGCAUGUACGACCAGGGAAACGAAAACGACGGCAAAUACUGGUGUGAAUAUCCAUGUCGGCUGGGUACUGUUUUGGAGACGUCAGCGACACAGCGAGAAGCAAGAAGGGGCCGCGUGACCAUCAGGGACAACCCAGCAAACCUCACCUUCACCGUGACCUUGGAGAACCUCAUGGAAGCCGACGCGGGCUCAUACUUGUGUGGGGUCUUAGGGUUUCUACACAAGAGUAAACCCCAGGCCAGGGUCAAGGUGUCUGUGUCCCCAGCUGAGGAGUUUCAGGAAAGAGGGGGCAGGGCUCAGAUCUGA